AAAGGACUCUUCCUUCUAAAUUGGCAAACCUGCAAACUGAUUCCAUGCGACAAUACAUCAAUUUUUUGCUUCGCGCGCAUCAUUUUAAUUUCAAUUUCCGUAUUUUUUUCAAGGUUUUUUUUAUUACCUUUAUUACCCCGUUUAAACGCGUAUAAAACAUUCAUAGAUAACACGGUUUCUAUAAUUUCUUUAUCAUCGUUGAUGGACUUCAUAUUCAAAAUAUGUUGCCUUGACAACUAUAUCCAUUUGGAAUUAGUGGUUCUUGUGGAAAAUAUUUAAAGGAGUGUUAGAAAAUGGAAGGUUGUUUUGGAUACCAGGAAUUAAAGGCAUUGCAAGGUUUAAUUAGUGCUCCUAAAGAUCAUUCAGAUUCCGAGGAUGAUUUACCGCAAGCUGGUGCUCGGAAACUGGGGCCUGGCGAUAUUGGCAAUAAAAAUGGAAGACCUCAACAACACUCAGGUCCACACGCACCCUUAAAAAGAAACGACGACGAUAUUUGGCACUCAUCUGAAGUGGACUCUGGACAGAACUUAGAAUUCUAUGAUCCAAGAAAAGUACCGGAAUACGAAAUGAAAUUUAAGCAAUCAGUGUCGGCGGAAGAUGUUUUUCUAGGAAUGGGCUUUAAAACGCCAAGCACUUCGUCCUGCGAGUGGCUGUCCAUAUCUGUAAGGAUGCCGGAAGAGACGCGUGAAAAGAUCGAGCUUUCAGUGGAACCGGAAGCGAUUGAUGUGCGCAGUCCAAGAUAUCGGCUGCACCUUGCGACGCCUCAUCCGGUUGACCCGAACUCUUCAACGGCCAAAUGGCACGGCGACAAUUCUACUUUGGAGAUUGUCUUAAGACUUGUUCGCGAACUGGAUGAUGUGAAUUUUUAAAGGAGAAUUAAUCAGGCUUUCAACACACGCAAAGAGUUUGUGAGAAGCGAAACGAAUUUGGUCGUUCUUCAAUUUAGAAUUGCUAUAGACAUCUAGCGGUCACAUAAAGAAUUAUAACGAAAGCAAA